AUGCGCAACAUUUGGUGGUGCAUUUUCAUAUUUCUUGUGCCUGCCUGCGGUUCAGAGUGCGUGUCAAUGGUGCAGCGGCAGGCACUACCUGUGAUUCCAGCGGGCAGGCAAAAGCCAAAACCCUGGGAAGUGAACAACUACAUUGUUGCAAGCUAUCAUAAGGCUGGGGUGACCCUAUCAGAACACCUGGCGUUGAAAAUUCUCAAUAUUCUUGGCGCUCCGAUGGAAGUUCUUGGUCAUGUUGAGUAUCCCUGCUACAGCUUGAGGAAAGACGGCUUGUCACAAGUUUGCUACAAUCUGGAUGCACCGUUCCGACUCUAUACUGAUUCAUUUAAUGCCUCCCUGAAAUCUGCAGAACAGAGGAAAUCUGGAAACAAAAAGGUGCUUGUGGCCGGUCUUGUGAGGGAUCCACUGGAAAUGGUGGCUUCCGCUUAUUGCUACCACCACGACGGCCAAGAGUUUGGUAAUUGGCUUUUUCCGGUGCAAGACAUCAUGCAGAUGGGACCGGAGGAAGGAACGGAGGUGACAGCCAAAGCUCUUUUGCCCUUGGCGGAAUGGAUGACCAGCGUGUUUGAAAACCCAGACAACAACACUCUCCGAUUGGAAUUUGACGAUCUAACCAAGUCUUCUGCUGGAUUUGAUCUAGGAGUCCAGCGUUUGCUGGAUCACUUCUUUGGUGCCGGGACCGAUCUCAUCUCCAAACCUGAGCGCUUCCACAUUACUGAAGCAGCCAAAGAGUUGGACGCAAAUCGGAAUCCAGAGGCUACGACGGUGCGUAGCCCGACAUCCCACCGAUUCAGGGAGCACAGCAGCAACCCCGUUUGCAAGGAAGUCGCACAUUCAAUCUUGCAUAAGUCUUUGAAUCCUGCACUUUUUGCACGCUACAAGGAGUGCGUGUCAAUGGUGCAGCGGCAGGCACUACCUGUGAUUCCAGUGGGCAGGCAAAAACCAAGACCCUGGGAAGUGAACAACUACAUUCAGAAAAAAUCUGGAAAGAAAAAAUUGCUGGUGGCGGGUCUCGUGAGGGAUCCACUGAAAAUGGUGGCUUCCGCUUAUUGCUACCACCACGACGGCCAAGAGCUCGGAAGCUGGCUUUUUCCGGUGCAAGAUAUUAUGCAGAUGGGACCCGGGGAAGGAACGGAGGUGACGGCCAAAGCUCUUUUGCCCUUGGUGGAGUGGAUGACCAGCGUGUUUGAAAACCCAGACAACAACACUCUCCGAUUGGAAUUUGACGAUCUAACCAAGUCUUCUGCUGGAUUUGAUCUAGGAGUCCAGCGUUUGCUGGAUCACUUCUUUGGUGCUGGGACCGAUCUCAUCUCCAAACCUGAGCGCUUUCACAUUACUGAAGCAGCCAAAGAGCUGGACGCAAAUCGGAAUCCAUGGGCUACGACGGUGGUUAACUCGUCCCACGAACUCGCGGAGCACAGCAGCAACCCCGUUUGCAAGGAAGUCGCACAUUCGAUUUUGCAUAAGUCUUUGAAUCCUGCACUUUUUGCACGCUACAAGGAUCUACAGCGGCGGCUGGGCUACCCAGUCCACGCGAUGUAG